AUGACAAACAAAGUGCCCGGUGACCAGUUGCUGCCCGUUAUGGACGCCGGGCUCAGACCGGAGCCACAGCAUCAGUUCGAAAUGGAAGGCAAAGCGUCCCUCUUGGGAUACUCGCCAUUUUGCAGCCCCAUGAUCGACGACCGAAACUCCUACGCCAGGACGAAUAUGGGAGUCUUUCCUUUCCGAGAUGGCUGCAAAAAGGGAAAGAUGACGUUCCAGGGAAAGGUGUACAAUUUCCUCGAAAGACCAACGGGCUGGAAGUGCUUCCUCUACCAUUUCUCAGUAUUUCUAGUUGUAUUGAUUUGCCUCAUCUUCAGCGUCCUAUCAACCAUUGACCAAUACAGUGAUUUCGCCAUGUCAUCUUUAUACUACAUGGAGAUUUUUCUCGUAGUCUUUUUUGGAAUGGAGUACUGCGUCCGGCUCUGGGCGGCCGGAUGUCGGAGCAAGUACCUGGGAUUCUGGGGCAGGCUGAGGUUUGCUCGAAAGCCCAUUUCUAUCAUAGAUCUCAUCGUCGUCGUCGCUUCUGUUGUGGUCUUAGUGGCCGGCUCGAACGGCCAGGUGUUUGCUACCUCAGCUAUCAGGGGAAUCCGCUUCCUCCAGAUACUGCGCAUGCUCCACGUCGACCGGCAGGGGGGCACCUGGAGGUUGCUCGGAUCCGUAGUCUUUGUACAUAGGCAGGAGCUCAUCACAACGCUGUACAUUGGUUUCCUCGGCCUGAUCUUCUCGUCCUACUUCAUGUACUUGGCCGAGAAGGAUGCCAUGGGCAUCGAGGGAAAAUCAGAUUUUACAAGUUACGCCGAUGCACUGUGGUGGGGAGUGAUAACUGUUACUACCAUCGGCUACGGCGACACUGUUCCUCGGACCUGGAUGGGAAAAAUUGUGGCGUCCUGUUUUUCCGUUUUCGCAAUCUCGUUCUUCGCGUUACCCGCGGGCAUUCUAGGAUCAGGGUUUGCCUUGAAGGUCCAGCAAAAACAAAGGCAGAAGCACUUCAAUCGUCAAAUACCAGCGGCUGCUACAUUAAUACAGUGCUUGUGGAGGUGCUAUGCAGCGGAGAAAACUUCCCGGUGCGAAGCCACUUGGAGGAUUCACGUAAAAGAAUCCAGCCACGGUGGCCUCAACUCGGGAACACCACUCAGCAGGAUGUCUCGAGUUGCCAAGAGGGCGAGCGUAUUGCGGCGGCGCAAGUCGAAGCAAAAGAUCGAGGCUGAGGACAGCGGCAAGCUAGGGCAGCGAAGGAAAACAAUACCGACACCGAACGCAAACUGUCACGACGCGAAUAACGAAUUCGUCGAGAUCGACAUGGAUGAAUCGCCGCAAGUGACCAGCCUGACUGAGGCCCAUAAAAACGCCAUUCGUGGAAUACGCAAGAUCAAGUACUUCGUGGCGCGAAGAAAAUUUCAGCAAGCACGAAAGCCGUACGACGUCCGUGACGUGAUCGAACAAUAUUCCCAAGGGCACGUGAACAUGAUGGUGCGGAUAAAGGAGCUGCAGCGAAGGCUAGACCAGACGCUUGGGAAACCUGGUUCCUACCUGAACGAGAAGGGAAUGAAACCGAUGACUGUGGGAGCCCGGCUACAUCGUAUGGAAAUGCAGCUCAUGUCCUUGGAGAGAAAGGUGGACAGGGUCCUGUCAAUGCUGGAGCUGAUCACCAGCGGACACAAGGGGGACCACGGACAGGAGUACGACAUUUAAAAGCAAGAUGGUGUGGAGAGAUCCAAGCAUUUUCGCUUAGCCUCGAACAC